AUGGUCAGAACAACGAGCGCUGAACUCAAGUCUUCUGGAAAGCACCUCUGGUCGCUGUCGUCGCUGUUGCUGCUCGUCACCACCGACUCCACACCAUUCAUCUAUCGUCGUCCGCUAGCCCACCAUGCGUCCCUCUCCGAUCUCGUACCGCGCCAAGCCCUCGUUCCAGCCCCAUGUCGGCCGAUUUCGCACUGCGAUCACGCUUCUGUUCCGACGCUCGACGAUGCACAAAGAUGCGAAGGAAGUCGGAUACUGACGCUCUCACCUCCACCUGUCUACGCCUCGCACAGCACGCCCGCGGCCGUGUUCAAGUGGGCUCCCACGCUCGCCCUCUGGGGCGGUGCCGGUGCCGGUGCUGUGAUGCUCUUCAUGUCGAGCGUGCCCCUCUUCAAGAAGGACGUGCUGAUCAAGCUCCCCGUCAUCGCACCCUACUUUGAGGACAAGACGCACCCUGCAGACAACGCAUUCUAA